UCGCCAUGAGGAUAUGCUCUAUAAGACCUGCCGUCCUUUGGACUCGCUCGGGGUCCCACCAUGUCCUAUUCCACCGUCUCUAGAGAUGCUGUGGUUGGAAUCGCUCUGCUGGGGGCCACAUUUGCAGCCGGGGUGUACGUCGGGAAGAGGUACUACCUGUUCAGGAAGAAGAAGGCGCAGAAGAUUUUCGAGGCUCCCGAUGACCCCCGGAGAGACUACGUCCUGCGCCUCUCGCUCCGAGAGCACCCGGCCGCCAAGAAACUGAGACAGCUCCUCUCGGGGAUGACGCCGCAUGACGUCAGCAGUGACGCCGCUCAGCUUAUGGGGAACCUCGCCAGGCUCAUCAAGGCGCGGAAUGUUCUGGACAUGGGCAGCAGCUGCGGGUACAACCCCCUGAUCCUGGCGCUGGCGAUGCCCCCCGACGGGAAAGUGACCGCGAGCGGCGAGGACAAGGAGACCUUCCAGCACGCCAAAGAACACUGGAAAGAGGCAGGCGUGGAGCACAAGAUCGACCUCCUGCUGAAACCAGCCGGACAGACCCUCGAUGAUCUGCUCUCCGCCGGGGCCGCGGGGCAGUUUGAUUUGAUCUUCAUCGAUAUGACGGACGAGCGGGACUGCAAAGCGCGCUACGAGAAGUGCCUGCGGCUAGUGAGGAGCGGAGGGAUACUUGCCCUGGACGGGGCGCUGGCCUACGGCGCAGUUCUUGGAGCGGGGCGCGGAGCGGCGGCAGAGCCGGCAGUACACCAGCUGAACGAGGCCAUCUUACGAGACGCCCGAGUGGCCCUGAGCCUCCUGCCACUCGCCGACGGACUCACCCUCUGCUUCAAGCUCUGACGGAACUGCGAAGGAGUACUCUAUACAGGGCUGCAACCCCCGGCCACCACAUCUAAACGGAUAAAUAUGGACCGGCGAGAAUGUUGGAGCCUUUUUUUGCCUUCUGUAGGGGUAAAUGUCGCUUCCAGUUCUGGGCAGAACCAUAAAAUCUUGCGCAUGCAGAAGAGGAGCGCGGGGCCCCUGGGCAUCCCAGCAAUAAGCGCAGCUUUUUUAAUUAUUUUCUUUACCUCAAUCAAUAUUUCAGUGAAAUCAGAGCAUUUCGGGGGCAAAUUUGGAUACAAGAACUUCCGUGAUUGGCCCCGGCCCGCUGAGUGUCAACCCUACGUGGAUUAACAGCAUCUUAUUUAUAUAUGUAUAUUGUGUGAAGACCCCUCUUAUACCCCCCCGGCCGGGGUCCUGCAUUACCCACACUGUGCACUCAGGACGCAGAUCAGGGCAUAUUUAUUCUAUUUUUUACAUAUCUGUUCUUUCAUAAUAUGACCUCAUCACUAAUAAAAAUAUUUAUAUGACCUCAUCACUAAUAAAAUUAUGACCUGA